AUGGAGGGCAAGCGGUCCAAGUGGGCAGACAGCGAGGAGGAGGGGGAGGAGGAGGAGGAGGUGAAGGACAAGGACGAGGUGAAGGCGGCAGGUCCUCCGCCAGCCAAGAAGUCGAAAUGGGAGACCACUCCAUCUCCGAGGGCCGAGAAAGGAGAGGAAGAAGGGCCCAAGGGCGAAGCGGCUGGGAAGGAGGGGCAGGCGGAUUUGGCAGCUCGAGCGACUGAGACAGGAGAUGCGACGUCGGCGCUGGACAUGCUGGAGGACAAGCUGGCGGCUGGCGGCGCAGAGGGGCUAGCAGAGCAGCAGGAGGUGCAGAAUGCAGGAGAAGAGGGGGAGAAGGGAGAGACAGCGGCUGAAGCCAAGGAAAGCGAAGCGCAGCCCAUCAUCGUCCAGUACAAGAAGGAGCUGAAUCGGUGCAGGGAGGUAGACAGGUCCUACAAGAAGCUCAACAAGAUUGACGAGGGGACGUAUGGAGUUGUGUACAGAGCGGAGUGCAAGAUAUCGAAGAGGAUCGUGGCUUUGAAGCAGGUGAAGCUCGAGAGAGCAAUCGAGGGCUUCCCCUUGACGGCUCUACGUGAACUGACGGUCCUCCUGGGCCUCCGACACCCCAACAUAGUGGACGUUAUCGAGAUCGUGAUCAGCCCGAAGAAGCAGGUCUUCAUGGUCAUGGAGUAUAUGGAGCAUGAUUUCCGGGCCCUCAUGGAGACGAUGAAGGCCCCGUUCCGCACUGGACAGGCAGCAGCAGCUGGGGGAGAGCUGGAGAGAGCGCUGCUGAGCGGGGUGGAGUUCAUGCACAGGCACUGGGUGAUCCACCGGGACCUCAAGACCUCGAACCUGUUGCUGGACAACAAGGGAUGCCUCAAAGUAUGCGACUUCGGGCUCGCAAGAAAGUACCACGACCCUGUCAAGGCGAUGACGCCUGAGGUUGUCACUCUGUGGUACCGGGCUCCAGAGCUCCUCUACGGGGAAAAGCACUACUCGAUCGCCAUCGAUAUGUGGUCGGUCGGUUGCAUCUUUGCCGAGUUGGUGCUCAAGGAGCCGCUGCUGCGAGGAAAGACGGAGCAAGAUCAGAGGGACAAGAUCGUCGAGCUCAUCGGAACACCAGACGAGGAGACGUGGCCCAAGUUCAAGGAGCUGCCGCUCUCAAAGGUCUCCUACACUGGUGGACCUUCCUUGAGCGACCUUGGGUUCGAGAUGCUAUCUCGCCUCCUCUACUAUGACCCGGAGCGUCGAUGGACCGCCAAACGUGCUCUUGAGUCAGAGUUCUUCAAAGAGGCGCCUCUCGCAUGCAAGCCGGAGGACAUGCCGACAUGGCCCAGCACGCACGACGAGCCAAAGGGGAGCAGGAAGAAGAAAAUGACGCCUGAGGUCGACGACAGGGCGGCGGCCUACUUCGACGAGGAUGGACGUUUCAACAGGGCGAGCGAUUGA